AUGGGGCAUAUUAAAUCAUACAUCUUGGUUGGCGGUCUCGGUGGAUUCGGUCUGGAGUUGGCCGACUGGAUGAUCAGCCGCGGCGCCAAAUUUAUCGUUCUCGUAUCACGCUCAGGCAUACGUACCGGUUAUCAAGCGUCCAACGUAUUGUGUGUACGUCGCUGGCGCGAAAACGGUAUACAAAUUGUUAUUUGCCCAGAGGAUAUUACGACAUUAACGGGUGCUCAUAGCUUAAUUCAAAAAAGCAACCGCAUCGCUCCGGUAGGCGGUAUAUUCAAUUUAGCAGCCGUCCUUCGUGAUGCUCUCAUCGAAAAUUUGGAAGAAGCCGAUUUCAAGACAGUUAUUUCACCGAAAAUCAAUGUUACAAGAAAUUUAGACGCGGUAUCGAGAAAACUCUGCCCAUCGCUCGAUUACUUUGUGGUAUUUUCGUCUGUAUCAAGCGGUCGUGGUAAUAUGGGUCAAACAAACUACGGUUUCGCAAACUCAGCCAUGGAAAGAAUGAUGGAAGAGAGGCAGACUAAUGGUUUACCUGGUCUUGCCAUUCAAUGGGGUGCCAUCGCAGACGUUGGCUUAAUCAUGGAAAUGAUGGGUGGUAACGACGCCGAGGUGGGCGGUACUAUACCACAACAGAUAUCAAGUUGUCUCGCAACGAUGAUAUCUGUUGUGGUAUAG